ACGUAGUUUAAAAUAUUCAUAAUAUAUUGAUAAAUAUUCAUAUAAUUCAUAAUAAUAACAUAAUAUAUUGUCAAAAUACGUCACGUAGCAAGCCGAUAGGCACAUCAGGCGCAUGUCCAUCCGUAACGUAAGCGGGGACAAAAUACAGUAGUGGCAGAGAUGAAAAGGUUUUCAUCUCUGGUAGUGGGGGUCAGCCAUAGAGAUAUUAUAUAUAGAGUACAGAGUAUAGGCUCGCCUGUAAGUGGAAUUGAUACGCCGUUAGAAAGAAAACGAAGUAGAAAUUUACUACCUCUCUUUGUUUAACAGCAGCAGAGCGCAUGCUCUGCAUGCAUACAGCGUACGUAUUCGAACCCAUAUACACCUAUAUGAGUACUGCGCAUGCGUCGGUAGAGAGAAAGAGGUAGUCAUUCUAUUCUCGUGUUCCUCUCUCUUUCUAUGUAUACUAUCUCUAUGGGGUCAGCACGCGAAGAAGAGAAGAGAGAAAAAUCGCUCAAUCUGGUAACGCUGGUCGGGCGUCGGCUGGUCGGCUGGUCGGCUCGUGGGGCUCGUAUGAUCGACAACACCAUUUAAAUACUGCACAAAUGAGUUUUGUUUACAUUUAAAAGUUGCUUGAUUAAACUUUCUUAUAUGUUCAUAAUUUACUGCCAAAGAAAGUAGUAUGUACUAUUACAACGUUCGUAAUUGUAUUUGAAAGAAAAAAUAUUCAUAAGGAUCAGUGCAACUGAUCUUCACGAAGCUAACCUUUUUGUCUACCAUAAUAAGUUAUAACGUAAAAUAAAAUUAAUCCGACGCAUUUGUGAAACCCAUUUGAGGAUCAAGAAAUGAAUUACGGAAAAAAGUCACCCAGUAUGGGUACACCGUCGGUGUAUUCUCACGUUACGUCGCGUAGCAGCGCGAACCUGAGAUCUUCUCGUUCAAUGCGUAGUGUUAAAAUACAUUGGUACCAAAAACCAAUUUUGACACAUGCCUAUGUAUUAGACAUCCAAAGGGCCGCUAUAGUUGCAGCUGUAUUUUCAUUGUGUGUAUCUAUUUUUACCAUUUGUACUUCCAUAUUCGAUUUAUACUGCCUUUCUCAAGCUGCACCUGGUUCUACUCACUAUGGGUAUUAUAUUAUAUCAUAUGAAUUUGUUUAUGUGGGUAAUCGAACUAUAAUAUUACUUCUUAUUACAGUUCGGAAUGCUCUUGUGAUGUUCGCAUUGUUCUCUAUGCUAGGAGCAGUGGCAGUUUUUGCCACAUCUGCAAUGUUGAUUACUGCCUUGAGAAAAGAAUAUGAAAAGAAAAUGGUUCCAUGGCUGUACAGUUUUGCUGCUUUUACAAUUUUUAGGCUAGUUGCUUUUGUAUUUGCCAGCACAGUAAAUGACAUGAUAUUUGGUUACAAUAUUGCGAUGUGUCUUUUGUGGAUAAUAUUUAUAUGUGUUUCCGUUUAUGGAUGGUUAAUCGUUUAUUCUCUAUAUGUGGAAUUAAGUGAUCUUACGAGAUUAGAAGAUCUGGCUCAUUUAAGAAUUGGUACCAUGCAGUCACUAAACGCAUCUACCACCCAUUCCAUCGCUGGUUCUCGUCCAACAACACCACAUAGUGCAGUAUCGACAAUGCCUGCGAAUUAAACGACAUACAAUGUAUUUAAAUAAUCCUCGUGCAAGUAUAUAACGUUAUAUUUAAAAGCGCACGAGUGUUCAAAGCAUAUGCAGCGUUAUGAAACUGCCAGUGCAAAAUGAGUGAUGUAUAUAGGAUUACAUUCAUCCGUCCAUUUGCUUUAAUAUUCCGUCCAGAAUGUGAAUUAGCAAAAAUUGUUAACUGCAUGAAUUUUUAUAUAUGAUUUAUAUGGUUUUCAUCAUUGUACGCCUGUUAUAUAUAAAUAUUUGGAAAUAGCAAGGAACUGUAUUUAGAGAUAAU